AUGAAUCCUAAUGAUAUAUUCAUAUUUGCUUUAAGGCAGUUCCAAAACCCAAAUUUGCAAAAAGAGUUUAGGCCAAUUAAUCGCACACUUGGUUUUGAUCAUAUUUAUGUUAUUCAUCUUGAUUAUCGAACGGAUAGAUUUGCAAGAUUAAAUGAAAUAUCUUCUUAUCUUGGAUUAGACUUUGACUAUUUUCCUGCCGUUUCAAAAUAUGAUGAACAAUUUCUCCGCAGGUUUGGCACCGCAGAUAUGGACUUUUCCCAAAAAGCUUGUUUUUUAAGCCAUUAUUUAGUCUAUAACCAAAUAAUUGAUAAAGGCUAUAAUAGCACCUUAAUUUUGGAGGAUGAUGUAGACUUUGAACUUAACAUUACUGCUAUCAUGAAUGAUAUUCAUCAUGACCUACCUUCUUCUUGGGAAACAUUAUUCGUUGGCACUUGCCAAGAACGAGAAUUCCUUGUCGGUGAACGAGUAGGAAAAAGCUCUUCUCUCCAUAAGCUGUAUACGGCUUUGAGUACAAUGUGCAUGCAUGCUUAUGCCGUUUCGUAUUCGGGUGUUCGCAAAAUAGUAGAACUUCUUGACCCUGUGACUCCUUAUGCUACUGACAAUCCAUCUGAUAUCCCUGGAUCUUGGGAAACAUUCCAUAAUUUAUAUAAUUCAACUUUACGCUUUCUUGGGCAUAACGGGACUAACG